AUGGCUGCGGGAUCCCUGGCCCUGUUCCCCCUGCUCUGCAUCCUGUCACUGAGCGGCUUCGUGGCCACAGCUGCCAGAGUCAGAGGACAGCAGCCGACACUUCAAAAAGUUUGUGGCAAAGGAUUCUUCUUGAGCGAAAGAGGCAUCUGUCUUCCCUGUAACUGCAAAGGCAACGCCGACCACUGCCACGACAUCACUGGAGUUUGUGUGAACUGCAAGAACCACAGCACGGGGGACUUCUGCGAACGCUGUGAGGAUGGAUUUCUCUGGGGAGCUGGUCCCAAUGGGCGGAGGUCCUGCCAUCCCUGUGCCUGUCCUCUUCCCGUACCCUCCAACAGUUUUGCUGUGAACUGUGACAGAGCAACUGGAAUCUUACGCUGCAAGUGUCAGGACGGAUACGCAGGACAUUCCUGUGAAAGGUGUGCUCCUGGAUACUAUGGAAACCCUGUCGUCAUAGGAAGCUCCUGUAAGAGAUGUGACUGCAGUGGAAACUCAGACCCAAACCUGAUUUUCAACGAGUGCCACAAUGUGACGGGAAACUGCCAGCACUGUUGGGGCAACACGGCCGGGGCCCACUGCGAGCGGUGUGCCCCUGGGUUCUACGGUGACGCCAUCACGGCAAAGAACUGCAGAGACUGUGAGUGCAACAAAUGUGGCACGUCCUCAUGUGACGACAGAACAGGCGUGUGCCACUGCAGACCGGGAGUGACCGGGCGCCUGUGUGACCAGUGUGAGGAUGGAUACUCAGGUUUCUCCAGUUGCCAGGGCUGUCGUAGGUGUGAGUGCGGAGCGGCUUCGUUGCGUCCGACCUGUCACCCUCUGACUCACAGCUGCCCCUGUCUCCCUGGAGCCGGAGGGCGGUACUGCGAGCGCUGCCUCCCUGGGUUCUGGGACUACAGCUCGUCCGGCUGCCAGAAGUGUGAGUGUGAGAGCGGCCACUGCGACAUGCACACAGGAGAGUGUUUACUGGAGGCGGCUGUCAACCUGUGCAACAGCAGUUGUGACGACUGCACCUGGAGCCUGAUCGGGGACCUGCGUCUGUCCAACAAGACCCUGGACCAACUGAAAGUGGCCGUGUUGAAUAUAUCCACAGGAGCAGCCGCACACGACCGCAUCAAGUACUACAACUACACUGCACUCCGGCUGCAGGUUCAGUUUUCAGCCUGGGAGAAGCGCCGGUCCUUACUGGGGGCUCAGACUGAGGACUUGGAGACAGUGACUGAUGCGAUAGUGUCGGACAUGGAGCUGCUGGAAGAAUCGGACAGUGAUGUUUCCAGUCUUUCUGCACGACUCGACAAUCGCACUCAGCAAACUCUGAAUAAAGCUGAAGAACUCACCUCUAACCUUUCAGACCUCAACCUCCGCAUUGAAGACAUGAUCCAUGACUGGGAGCUGUACAGUGUGCAGCAGGAGGUGGCUCCGGAGGUGGUGCAACAGAACACGGCCCUGGCCCAGGAGAUGAUGGCCUGGAUGAGGGCCCUGGACCUGUCCCCUGGAGAACCACAGGCAAAGCUUGAGUCUACGGCGGCCCACGAGAUGCUGCGGCGAGUCCGACAGCUGGAGAAGAAGUUGGGGACCACUGACAGCCGCCUGUCCCCCAUUCGGGAGCAGCUGUCCAGCCUCUCCACCCAGCUGUCCCAGGCCCAGACCCUGCUGCAGAGGACCCUCAGCACCCUGCAGCAGACCCAGGACAAGAACCGGGUCAACCUCCUCAAAUACCAGAGGAAUGAGGCCAAAGUACGGAGUCUUUCAGAAGAACACAUCGGUGUGAACGGGACAUUGGCCGAGGCUCGACAACAUUUGUCCGACACAGAGAGAGCAGUGGACGCAGUGGAGGACAUGGUGCAGAACAUGACCCAGUACCACGCAGCCAUCGAUGGAGCAGGACAGAAGCUUCAGGAUAAGUCCGAGCGUCUGUCGCAGGUGGACACGGAGCUGGUGCUGAGAGCUGACGAACACGCCGACAAGAUGGACGCUCUCGCCAUCUCUCUGGAGGAGGACCUGCGGCAGAGCGAUGCAAACGGAUUUGUCCAGCGAGCCAUAAGUGCUGCCAACGUGUACAACAACAUCAUAAAGUACAUCCACGACGCCAACAUCACGUCCCGCACCACCUUCAACCUGUCGCAGAAAUCACAGCAAGACGUCAGCGCCAUCGGGACCCGGCUGAGCCCCCUCGUCACUCAGAGCGACAACGUUUUUAAGGAAUCAGUGUCGUUGCACUCGGAGCAAAGUGAGGUGGAAACAGAGGUGGUAGACAAGUUAAACUACAUCAAGGAGACCAGAGACACCAUGGACAAGAACAGCAAGAAGCUACAAGACAUACAAGAGGAUAUUAGUCAAAUCCACACUGACCGAACACCCCAGCGCCUGAACUUCACUCUGAACGUCGCUGAGGGGACUCUGAGUCGCUCCCAGGAAGUCCUCCAGACCAUAAGUCCCAUCAGCAGCAAGGUGGAACAGUGGGCCAACAACAUGAAGAAGAAGCAUUAUUCUACAGAGGACUAUGAAAGUGCCGUGGACUCUGCAGGAGAAGCAGUGGAGAAUCUGAACGUUCUCGUGCCUGAGCUUCUGGACAAACUUCGAGUCGUGGAACAGAAACGACCCGUGAACAAUGUCACCACCAACAUCCUGAGGAUCCGGGAACUCAUCGCUCAGGCCCGGAGUGUUGCCAAAAAGGUUCGAGUCUCCAUGAAGUUCAACGGGCAGUCCGCAGUAGAGGUCCAUCCACACACCAAUCUCGAAGACCUCAAAACGGUCACCUCCAUCAGCCUCUUCAUCAGAGUGGACCCCGACAAAGACCCCAUAGAAGACCGCUUCAUACUCUACCUCGGGGACCGGAAUGGAAAGAAAGACUACAUGGGCCUCGCCAUAAAGAACGACAACCUGGUGUACGUUUACAAUCUCGGUGGUGAAGACGUGGAGAUCCCAUUAGGCUCAAAACCUGUCAGCCAGUGGCCCGCGGUCUUCAACUACGUCAAAGUGGAAAGACUCGGACGACACGGGAAAGUGUUCCUGACCAUCCCCAGUCAGAGCUCUUCAGACGAGCAGAAGUUCAUCCAGAAAGGCCAAGCUCCAGGGACAGACUCUCUCUUCGAUAUUGAUCCAGACAACAUUGUUUUCUAUGUGGGCGGGGUCCCGGCAGAUGUCAAGCUGCCUCCACCUCUGAGCCUGGCUCCAUUUGUUGGAUGCAUUGAGUUGGAAUCCAUAAACAAUGACGUCAUUAGUCUAUAUAACUUUAAGGAGACUCACCAGAUGGAUGUGGUCACCUCGGCACCUUGUCCCAGAUAUAAACUGGCCUUCUCUCAGAGUCGGGUCGCCAGUUAUCUGUUUGAUGGCACGGGUUACGCUCUCAUUAACAACAUCGAGAGGAGAGGAAAGUUCGGAGUCGUUACCAGAUUUGAUAUUUCUGUGAGGACUGUUGCGAACGAUGGGGUGCUGCUCCUCAUGGUCAAUGGGCUUAAUUUUUUCCUUCUGGAAUUGAAAAAUGGCUACUUGCGUCUAAUGUAUGAUUUUGGCUUCACUGGAGGACCGAAAAGUUUUGAAGAAAAACUCCCUGUGUUGCAAAUAAAUGACGCAAAAUAUCACGAGGUGUCUGUGAUAUACCAUCAGUCAAAGAAGGUUAUUCUUCUUGUAGAUAAAGGCCACGUUAAGUCGAUUGAAAAUCCCAAAACCACGUUACCUUUCUCCAAUGUUUAUAUCGGAGGUGUUCCAUCCAACAUUCUCAAAGCAAGGCCUGAGCUGGCGACAAUAGUGGGACUCAAAGGCUGCGUGAAGGGAUUCCAGUUCCAAAAGAAGGAUUUCAAUCUCUUGGAGGAGCCAGGGACUAUUGGCAUCAGCAGCGGGUGUCCUGAGGAGUCCUUUAUGUCACGAAAAGCCUACUUUAACGGUGAAAGCUACUUGGGAUCCACAGCAAAGACCAGUCCAUUUGAUAGUUUUGAAGGAGGGUUGAACUUCCGGACAGUGCAGCCCGGUGGCCUGCUCUUCUACCACCGUGAUGGGGCGGAUGAGUUCAGUAUUACUUUGGAGAACGGAGGUGUGGUGCUUAAUAACAGAGGCACCAAGGUCAAGUCUCACAAGAAGCAGUAUACACUGAUGGUCGAUGACAAAGAUAAACAAGAGAAGAAGCGUCCUGCCUCUGCGUCUGCAACUUCAGACUCUACACUAAAGACCUUUUACUUUGGAGGCUCCCCUCACAGCAGCCAGAAGAACUUCACUGGCUGCAUCAGUUACGCCUACAUCAGCAGACAAGAGCGAGACAUUGAGCCAGAAGAUUUUCAGAGGUACCCAGAGAAGGUGAAGGUCUCUCUGCAGGAGUGUCCGGUCAGGCGUCCUCCAUCCGCUCUACAGUCCAAAGAAACCAGGAAAACGAGAGGAGAACACUCAAAGAAAGUGCUUGUCCCAGAGGAGCACAACAGCGAUGAUCCUAACGCAGAUGCAGAUAGUUCUUGCUCUGAACCCAUCAGCUCCAUAGCCCCACAGAAUACCUUCCACCAUGGGGGCUUCAGGCACAGCAGGCAUGAGUAUCCAUUGCCACGACAUGCCUUUUCCCACCGAUGGCACCUGUCUCUGUCGGUAAAGACGGUUUCCGCCUCUGGUUUGAUGAUGUACAUGUGUGACAAGGAAGAGAGCUCCUUCAUGGCUCUAUAUUUGGCUCAAGGGAGACUGCAGCUUACCUUCAGCGCUGGAGAGGAGCCAGUGACGAUCCGCAGCCAGGACAAGUACAAUGACGGGAGGUGGCACAGUGUGGUUCUAACGGGUGAUGGAGACCUGGAACGUCUGACCAUUGACGCAGUCUCACUGCAGAAGAACAUAAACACAAAUGGUUCACUGCAGUUUCACGGACCGCUCUACGUUGGAGGAGUGCCUCCUGGGAAAGCUCAUAGAAAUGUGCCGACAAGUUCCCGACACAGCUUCCAGGGCUGUCUCAGGGACCUGCAGCUGAACAGAGAGAGGCUCCCGGCCCCAGACAGCUUUGGUGUCGUGCCCUGCGUCUCUGGGCCUUUGGAGGACGGCCUGUUCUUUUCAGCGGGAGGAGGACUCGUUGCCUUCGACGACUCCUUCCAGUUGGGACCGAAGUUUGAGAUCCAAAUGGAAAUACGUCCCGCCGUGGCCUCUGGGCUGCUGCUUCAUACGCGCAUAGAAGAAGGCUACUGCUCCCUAUUGCUGCACCAAGGAGCGGUGGUUGUUAUUGUAAAUGAUGGGACCAAUGAGUUUUUCACCAAAGUUGUGCCAAAGAAUCCUUUAUGUUCAGGAACGUGGCACAGAAUCACAGUAAUCCGGAACGCUAAUGUGGUCCAGCUCGCCGUGGACCUGGAGGUGAAUCAUGUGGUGGGACCUCAGGGUCCCAGGACAGACCGCAGUGGUCCUGUGUGGAUGGGGGCUGCUCCAGACUCAGAGCUGCUGCUGCCCAACAGCAUUGGCCCCGUGCAGCCGUAUGAGGGCUGUGUGAGGGGCCUGAGCUCUGAUGGACGCGCUGUGAGCUUCAGUAAAGUGGCUUUGGUCAAAGGAGCAAGUCAGGACCCUAGAGUCAGGACCACAGAGUCAGGACCACAGAGUCAGGACCACAGAGUCAGGACCACAGAGUCAGGACCACAGAGUCAGGACAGCCGCUCUCAGCCCCAGGACAUGACGCAGUCCAUCGUUGUUCAAGUGGGGCAGUGUGGAAACCAAAUCGGAUGCAGGUUUUGGGAUCUGGCGCUGAGAGAACACGCCCACGUCAACAAAAAAGGACUUUAUGAUGAAGCUAUAAGCAGUUUUUUCAGAAAUGUGGAUUCUCGGCAAAGCUGUGGAGGAAGUGUCGGUGUCGGUGGAAGAAUCCAUCAGCUGAAGGCCAGGGCCGUGCUGGUGGAUAUGGAGGAGGGCGUGGUCAAUCAGAUUCUCCAGGGGCCGCUCAGGGAUGUGUUUGACAGCACACAGCUUCUCACCGACGUGUCUGGAUCUGGCAACAACUGGGCAGCGGGAUACUUCACUUACGGCGGUGCGUACAGAGAACAGAUCGUGGACACGCUCCGGAAGGCGGCGGAGCACUGUGACUGUCUGCAGUGCUUCUUCCUCAUCCACUCCAUGGGAGGAGGUCAUGUCCAGUUUUACUACAUUGAGAAAUACGUCUUCAUUUCAAUGUGUUUCAAUUAG